UCUCUCUCUCUAUAUAUAUAUAUAUAUGUGUUUAUAUAAUGGAUUAUAUGUACAUGUGGUGCGGCAGUGGAGUAAGUGAGAAGAAGACGAGGAAGAAACGAAACCUACUUUUUGGUGUUUGAGCAAUUUGAGAGAUAAAGAUCACUUUUUUUCUUCCUUUGUUUUUCUUGUUUGAAUUUUGGGAGAAGAGGAUACAAGAAAUGGGUGAGAGUACUGUUGGGGAGGCGGGGGGUGUUCCGAGACCGAAGCCGACGAUCUUGGUGCCGCCGCGGGGGUCGAUGGAGUCCCUCUUUACAAACGGGUCGGGUGGUAUUGGGUUCAGCCCCGGUCCGAUGACGCUGGUGUCCAGUUUCUUCGCGGAGCAGGGCUCGUGUUCUUUCUCGCAGCUGUUAGCUGGUGCCAUGGCCUCGCCGAUGGCGCCGAACUCGGGUUUCUUGUUCGGUGGAAAAGAAGAAAAGGGAGGUAAUUCAUGUGAUGAUGGGAAGAAUAGCGAGAGUGGUGGUGGGUACAAGCGGAAUAGGCCGAUGAAUCUGGUGGUGGCUCAGCCGCAGCUGCAGAUGGAGAGUCUGAGCCCGCUGUUCAUGGUUCCGCAGGGCCUGAGUCCGUCUGGACUGCUCAAUUCACCCGGGUUUUUAUCCCCACUUCAGAGCCCUUUUGGAAUGUCCCACCAGCAGGCCCUAGCGCACGUCACAGCUCAAGCGGCGUUCUCGCAAUCUUACAUGCAAAUGCAAGCAGAACUUCAACGAUCUUCAUCUACAGCUACUGCAGAACUGUUGGCUAACAAUUCGUCCUCUGCACCCAGUGAAACUUUGGCACAGCCAACAAAUCCUGUGCCAACAGAACCUGAGAGUUCAAAGAUUGAGUCAUCUGAAGUUUCUCAAUCGGAUAGCAAAGCUGCCAGUGUGGCUGGCGACAAACCAGCUAGUGACGGUUAUAACUGGAGGAAAUAUGGGCAGAAGCAUGUCAAGGCUAGUGAGUGUCCUCGGAGCUACUAUAAGUGUACACAUCCUAAUUGUCCUGUCAAGAAGAAGGUCGAACGAUCUUUUGAUGGUCGUAUAUCUGAAAUUAUAUAUAAAGGUCAGCACAACCAUGAACCACCUCAAUCUAACAAAAGGGGAAAAGACAGUUCCCAGACGAAGCACGUUUUUGAUUCCCAAGCUCCGACUGAAAUGAACAGGUUAAAUAAGGCUGUGCGUGUUGACCCUGAGCCUAUCGCUACUCAUAAUGACGAAAUGGAGGACACUGUAGUAGUAGUAGAUGAUGGCGACGAAGAUGAACCAAUCGCCAAAAGAAGGAGCAUGGAUAGUGGACAGUCCGCGCCAGCCUCUUCACAUCAAACGAUUACAGAAUCAAAAAUUGUUGUGCAGACAAGAAGUGAAGUUGAUCUCUUGGAUGAUGGAUACAAAUGGAGAAAAUAUGGGCAGAAAGUGGUUAAGGGGAAUCCACAUCCAAGGAGUUACUACAGAUGUACAUAUCCUGGGUGCAAUGUCCGUAAGCAUGUCGAGAGGGCUUCAGCAGACCCCAAAGCUGUCGUUACUACAUACGAGGGCAAACACAAUCAUGAAAUCCCAACCGGAAGAUACAACAAUCAUGGCAUGGCCAAUGCCAGCGCUCAGCAGUUAAAAGCACAGAAAACAGUAGCUAAGAACCGUUUGCCAAGUCGAGAAAUGGACGUUGGGAAUAAGGAUCAGAUGCCUAUGACUCUACAUCUCAAAGAAGAACAAAUUGCCGCAUGAUCUCCACAAAUACACGAUGAUAUGCAGUUUUACAUAUCUGCUACAGAAUAGAAGGCGGGUAAAUAAUGAACAGCCACCAUCAGCUAAAAGCUUUCUGACAAACCACACAUCUGAGGAGUGCGGCAACGGAGCUUCUGGCGAUGCUGUAAGAACAUAAUGAUAUAUAGUCUCUUCUGUAUAAUCGAAAGUGUUUUGUGCUCCUGUUCAGUGUUUCACCAAACAUGAUACCAAUAAUGUUUUAUUGUAAUCUUAUCAGUUUUUCCUCAUUCUUGUUUAUUACUACAUAAAACAAUUGGUAAUGUCCACCUGGUUUUGGUGGAACUUCAAUCAACAAAUCUUGGGCGCCACGUCUAAUUAAGGCGGCCUGCAGGUCAA